CGUGCAUUUCAUGUUUCUCCCCGAACUUCGUGAGGAGGAACAUGAUGACCGCCACGUAGCGAUUUUCGUUUCGAAGAUCUUAUCGCACGAAACUUCGCGGCACACUCGCCGAGAAUUGUAGUAUCAUAAAUCAUUCGAUAUUCUCGGUCACAUACCGGGUGGUGGAAUUCGACCGGCCGCUUCGCCCCGUAGGCUUCGUCAUGAACGAAAAUGCUGAAACGAAGUCGCCCACCACGUAUCGUGCUUAUGUAAGCCGCAUUAUUAUUCUAUUCUCUCCGGCUCGAUUCCAUAUUUUAAGCGGUACUUGCGUGUGUAAUCCUGCGGUAAAGUCACGUGGCCGUCAGGGCCAGUUAAUCAAUGGAAAGCAUCGACCACCACCACCACCGUCCGGCCAGGCUGGCUGGUAUCGGUGAUUCAGUUACGUCCACAGGGGAGCGCACGCUCGGUGGUGGCAACCCUUCCGGGGUGUUGUUCCCUUCGGCUGCGUGGAUACAUCUGCUUUUUAGAACGUAGAUUCGCCCCCACAGCGUCGCUUCAAUUUGUGACGUCGCUACUCAUAUAUUAACCAGAACGCGCAAAUUGACGCCGGCAGGAUUAUCGUUCGGAUCGCCCACGUCCUUGAGUGAAAAUCUAUUUCCACAAUGCGGCGACGUAACACGUGACGAAGGUGGGGAUGCCGCAAGUAGUGAAAUUAUUCAGAAAUAAAAGAUAACAUCGCCCAUAUAUGAUAUAGUGUUUACGAGUUUACAUAGUAAGGCAUGCACAAUGCUGAGUCCGAGUCCGCCGAUCAAUCGCCCGAGCCUGCAUCCUGGCACAGGGUACCUCAUAGGGCCGCGGGUGCCUCAGGGGCUCGCAGCCGUGGUCGAGGGCCUCACCAGAGAGGUGCUGCGUCAUCGUCCGGAGGACAUAUACGUUUUCGCGGCUCACCACUUCGAGAGGCUGCUGAAGCUACGGGAACAAUAUCACGCCGACAAGUAUCGCAACAUUCGCGAAUUCGACGACGAUUUCGGCCGCGAAUUUAAUCUGUGGCCCAGCAAGGAGGCGCCCGGAGACACCGGAGUAUCGACGACCGGCGGUUGGUCCUUGGACAAGGAGGUCAGGGUCCUCGAGAGAGGCGGUAAGGCGCCUACCGACGUGGAGGAGAGUCCGGAGGAAGCGUCCACCGAUAAGGAGAAGCGAAAGGUGUCGAAGCAGACAUGCACCAAGACCGCUACGAGCACGAAGAGGGCUUCGAGGAGGUCCACCAAGGACGUCGCGGAUCCUCGGGCGACAAAGAUCAUCCCGCAGAUGUCCGCUCUCCGCAGCUCCGGCAGGACUAUCCUGACCAAGGACAUUAAGCAGGAGCUCAGAAAGAACAAAUUGAACUCCGGUGAGAAGGGAAAGCUGUCCGACAAUGCGGAGAAGGGUGUUCGAGGCGAGAGGCGGUCCAGAUCGAAGGUGUCUAAGGCGGACAGAAGUACCGAGGAGGAGGCCGAUGCUGCGAAGACGACCGCCGGCAAGACCUCCACUCGAAGACCCUUGAAGAAGGUGCGGCGCAUCGAGACCGAAUCCGAGACCGAGACGGAGCGCGAAACUCCGGCCAAGGAUAGACUUGAAAACGGUUACGAGAGGACGAGAGUUAAGGGAAGCGGGAAGCAACGCGAGGCGACGCUCGUUCACGGCGGGAGGCCGGAAGCGGAAUGGCUCUCCGAACAUUCCUCCGGGAGGAAAGUGUCGUCGAGAGCGCUGAGCAUGGACCGCAUCCGGGCGUACGUGCUGCGUAAGUUCGCGAGUACGGCGAGCCUGGAGGUGCUCCGCUCGCCCACCUACGUGGAGCAGGUGCAGGAGGUGAUCGAUCGCGCAGCGCCGAUCAUCAGGGAGAAGCUGGAGGAAAUGAGGCGGCCGAGGGGCAGCAAGCGUUCGCGCUCGGUCGACUUCGCCUGGAACGAGGAGUCGUUCCGCCGCUACGUCGCCAAGGACAUGGGCGGGAGUAGCGCUCCUCCUCGAGACGACGAGGAGAAGGCCGGACGGCGCGAGAAAGAAACGGCGGAAGAAGGAAACGUUCCGGAGCGACGGGAAUCCACCGACGGAUCGCACGCGGAGAACGAGGAGACGCGACCGAGGGGGAGACGCAGCGCCGGCAGGAGGUCGAGGAGGCGCGGGAGCGGCGAUCGGCGAGUCGUCGACGACGACUCGGAGCACGAGCCCGCCGCCGGCCGGGACACCCUGGAGGCGAGGCUGACCGCUACGCAGAGCAUCCUGGAAGGCAUCUCGAUGUCGGCGUCCGAGUUGAACGGCGCUCGCAAGGCUGACGCUGCGGGCGAGGUGUCGCCCGAGACGAGCCCCGACCACGCGAAGGUCUCCUUGCCGAUCGUCAGGCCGCCGUCCUCUAGGAGCAGCAGGAACGCCGCCAAGAACGGCUCGGACAGCCUCACCCUGCCGCCGAUCUCGCCGGAUGCCCCUAAGUCGACCAAGAAGAAGGACGAGCUGUCGUUGCCGGUCUUGUCGGCGACAGGGAACCAUUCCGCCGUGAGGUCGCAGGAGCAGGACGACUCCAAGGACGCCGAAGAGGCUUCGACGAUGCGUGACAUCACGAGUGACAUCGAAGACGUAGCGGCUCUGCCGGAUGACGAGGACGCGGGCCUGAGGCAGGACUCGCUGCCGGACGCGAGACCUGCUGAUGGGGAAGACAGCCCACGGGAACUCGCUGAGAAACGCGCGAGCGACGUUUCCCUCGACCGAGAUCUCGACGAGUACCGACGGUCGACGGAGCUGGAAGCGGCAAGGACGGAGGAGGUUUACAAGGACAGUUUAAACGUGACGCCGGAAGUAGCCGACGUGCCGCUGAGGCCGGAUUCGCUGGAGCCCGAUGAGGACGAACGGGAGAAACCUUGGGACGACAGUGCCGUGCGGAAUAACGCGUUCGACGAUCUGAAGGACAGGCUGAUCGAGAUCGAGAUGGCGGAGCGGAACAUCGAGAAGGCGUUGGCUGGCCAGCAAAUCGCGACGUGUCUAAACGAGGAGGCUAAGAGCGAAGCGGGAGAGCCGACGACCGUCGAGGAAACGAGGAACGAAGAAGCGAGAAAAUCGAUCAGCGAGGCGGGAGAGAUCGUGGGCGAGAUAGAGAAGUCGACGAGCGAAAGAGGGUCGCCGAAUGAGGAGAAAGGAUCGAUGAGCGAGGAAGAAAGAGAAGAAGAAGAUGGUAAACCGACUGAGGUGGGAAAAGGGAGCGUUAGUACGGAGAAAUCGUCGUGCGAAAGAGGAUCGUCGAGCGAGGGGAGGGAAUCCACGAGUGCGGAGGAAAAAGAUGAGGAAGGGGAAGGAAAAUUGACGAAUGAAGGAGAAAAGGGGAGCAGUGAUAUGGACGGAAUGGGAGAUUCGGCGGAAAUACCGGGAAACGAUGCGGAGAUCUCGACGAGCGAGGUAAAAGGGUCGAGGAGCGGGGUGGAAAUGUCGAGUGGCGCAACAAAUCAGACGGAACCGUCCGAAGUGGAGAUAGCGGACGGGGCGGUAAUCAAAGAGAAUGGAUCGAAGGAUCCAGCUGAAGUGUCGGCAAACGAGGCGGAAGAGUUGCCGAGCGUCGUAGAAGAUGUGAUGGUUAAGCGUCACGUGAAGAAUUUAGGAUCCAUGAAUGCACAAUCUCGGCACAAAGAUGGUCAGAUCGAGGUGGCCGCUCGCGAGACGGAUGAUAAGGAUGACAAUGCCAACGGCAAAGCUGCGACGGAAAGUGUAUCCCAGAGCGCAGGUUCCUCCGGGACCACUCGGACCGAGGCCGAACCUUCGGGGGCGAGUCUUUCGACGAACGGGAAGGACAGAAUCGGCAAGACGAGAGUGCGGAGGAGACGCGGGAUCAACAAGUCACCGGGAACUACGCCGUCGCCCCUGGAAAUCCCGUUCGCCUACGUUCUCAGCGAGGGCUCCCCGUACGAGAUCCCCGAUUUUGUGACGACCGUGAUCAUCCCGGACAGGCCGUGUCCGUCUCCCGUGAUCCCCGAGAUCGAGGAUGAUCAGCCUAGGUCAACGUCCAAUCUCCCGAUCGAAUCAACUGCUCAUGAGAUUGUCGUCGAUGACGUCUCGUCGAAGGACAAAGAAGAUGAAGACCGUGCCGAGUACGGCAUGGAAGCUUUCGGCGAAUACAUCCGUCCGGAAGUCACGGCUUCGCCGAUCAUCGACUUCGCGCAUAGCUCAAGAAGUGUGAAACCAGGCCAAGACUUGGACAGGAUCAAAGAGGAAGGGGAAGAGGAGGAGGAAGACAAAGAAGACGACGAACGGGGAAAGGAAGAGAGGCAUUCGGAGGAAAAGGACGAUGGACAGGUAGUUGAGCAGGCUGAAGGAAUAGUGAAGCCCGAGGAUAUCGUGGAGCACGAAGAGACCGAGACCGAUAAGAGGACGAUUUCCGAGGCCACAAAUGUCGAGGAGAUUUCUUCCUCUCGUGUGCCCGAAUGCGAAGUUUUGCCCGGGAAUACCGGGAGGACCGAUUUGACGAGCGAAGGCAAGAAGGACGUCGCGGUGGAGUCGAGGAGUACGUUGGAUAACUCAUCGGAGGAGAACGAAAGUAGCCGGGACAUCCACACGACCACGUCGAGCGACGUGAAGGAGAGCAGCCCGAGCAAUCGGUCGAUCGAAAGCUCGAGCGUCGGUAGACCGAUAGUGCCGGAGCUGAAUCUGGAUUCUCUUCAGGAUAACACGGUGUCGUCCUUCAAGAUGACGGCGAACGGCACUGCGACGAAGGAGAGCAACGACAGUCGCAGGGAGAGCGACGCCACGAUGUCUCUGAUCGAGCCGUUGACUCCGGAUGAGAGGUUGACGAUUGGAAGUCGACAGGUUUUGGCUGAUCGCGAGGAAGAGACUCCCGCCGAGGAGGAGCUCGCGCAGUGUCUAUCGAACUUCCAGCUGCAGUCGGAAGUUCCGGAGGCUGAUCAGUUGUACCGAGCGGAACACGCGGAGUACGAGCUGCUGGAGAAAGAUCUGUUGUCUGCGGAAGCUGUCUUGGAGGACGAGGCGAAAUCUCUGGUAGAAGACGCCAUUGAUUCGAAGGCAGAUGCUGUCGAGCCGACUUCGCGAGGGAAGGAAAAGUCGGUGGAAUUGGACAGCGAGGAAGAGAUCGCGAGGGAACUGAUAGGUCUGCUGGAUAAAGAAGCGCAACUCUGCUCUGAAGAGUCAGGCUCUGAAAAGAGACUCGAAGACCACGCUGAGAGCAAUUUGGACGCGGAUGAUAAAUCCGGUCGACCGUUAUCGGACCGUGCGCACUCCGUGUCAGUUGACGAAGCAGAAAAGGAGGAAAGCGGCGUUCCUCCGGAACGAUUGGGUACUUUAGAUGACGAAGGUGGUGGAGAGGUUGAAGCGACUAGCGAAUUAUCAAGCCACGUAGCGGAUAGCAAUCAGGAGAACGAGGCUAAGGAUGAUGUGAUCACAAGCAAAGAAACUGAAGAAACUAGAUUGGAAGUGGAAGGAGAAGAACACGUAGAACCCAGCCAGGUUUCACCUCCGACAGAAUCUGAGCGAGACGAGUCUCUAGAUAAAGAUAACGCAACAAUGAGUCAAGAAAGUGAAGAAUCUAAAUCGGAAAUCGAAGAGAAAAAACACGUAGAAACUCGUCAGGUCUCACAUUCAGCAGAAUCUGAGCGAGACGAGUCUCUAGAUAAAGAUAACGCAACAAUGAGUCAAGAAACUGAAGAAUCUAAAUCGGAAGUCGAAGAGAAAAAACACGUAGAAACUGGUCAGGUCUCACCUCCAGCAGAAUCUGAGCGAGACGAGUGUGUAGAUAAAGAUAACGCGAUAAUAAGUCAAGAAACUGAAUCGGAAGAGUCUAAAUCGGAAGUCGAAGAGAAAAAACACGUAGAAACUGGUCAGGUCUCACCUCCAGCAGAAUCUGAGCGAGACGAGUGUCUAGAUAAAGAUAACGCGACAAUGAGUCAAGAAACUGAAGAAUCUAAAUCGGAAAUCGAAGAGAAAAAACACGUAGAAACUGGUCAGGUUUCACCUCCAGCAGAAUCUGAGCGAGACGAGUGUCUAGAUAAAGAUAACGCAACAAUGAAUCAAGAAACUGAAGAAUCUAAAUCGGAAAUCGAAGAGAAAAAACACGUAGAAACUGGUCAGGUCUCACCUCCAGCAGAAUCUGAGCGAGAAGAGUUUCCUGAUAAGGCUACAAUGAGCCAAGAAACUGAAGGACCUAAAUCAGAAGUCGAAGAGAAAGAACACAUAGAAACUAGCCAGGUCUCACCUCCAGCAGAAUCCGAGCGAGAAGAAUCUCCAGAUAAAGCUACAAUGAGCCAAGAAACUGAAGGACCUAAAUCAGAAGUCGACGAAAAAGAACACAUAGAAACUAGCGAGGUCUCACCUCCAGUAGAAUCUGAGCGAGAAGAGUCUCCAGAUAAAGAUAACGCGACAAUGAGCGAAAAAACUGGAGGACCUAAAUCAGAAGUCGAAGAAAAAGAAUACAUAGAAACUAGCCAGGUUUCACCUCCAGCAGAAUCCGAGCGAGAAGAAUCUCCAGAUAAAGCUACAAUGAGCCAAGAAACUGAAGCACCUAAAUCAGAAGUCGACGAAAAAGAACACAUAGAAACUAGCGAGGUCUCAUCUUCAGCAGAAUCUAAGCGAGACGAGUCUCCAGAUAAAGAUAACGCGACAAUGAACCGAGAAACUGAAGAUCCAAAAUUGGAAGUCGAAGAGGAAGAACAUAUCAAUUCUAGCCGGCUUGCACCUCUAGCGGAAUUUGAGCAAGACGAUUUAGAAGAGAACGGAAAACACGAGAUACCCAAUGGGAAGAUCACAGCCGAGAGUAAACUCGACGCUAAUGACGUUCAUCUUGCCGAUAAUCAGGAAAGUCCAGGAGGCAAGCAGAUGAAUAUCGAGGAUGCUUCAAGAAGCCAAAGCGAGGAGAGUGUAAUUAAAGUAGAAGAAUCCCAUGAAAAACAGGAGGAAAACAAACGAGAGAAGAGGGAAGGUCGUGAGGGACGCGAAAGAGAAAAUGCGGAGGUUCGAGAGGAAGAAUCAAAUGACGAGGGAAAAGGCGAGCGAGAGGAAGCAACAGCGCACGAAGAAAAUCAACGGGAACACUUGGAAGUUAGAGACACUCAGGAGGAAAUAAAAUCGAGGGAAGGAUCGCUGGAGAAAUCGUCAGAAAAAGAUGAAGACGCUGGACACGACGGGACUAUUCCGACCGAGUCGAUUACUUCGGACGGAAUCGUCGCUGAUGAUCAGACCGCGAGAGUAGCGGCGAACGGAAAGGAAGAGGACAACAACGAUCUCUCGACAGAGUUGGAGAGAGUUCAUGGACCAAUAACGAGCGCGAUAUCGGAGCAAUCGUCGAAGGAUUAUGCUCAUGGUCGAUAUUGGACUAUGGGGACGAAAUCAUCAACCGCGGAAACGGUGAUUGCGGCUUUUGGCUCGAAUGCGAGUACAGACGAGAAGAUGAAGUCUCUUGACGAUGCUGUCACUCAGCGGAAGGACGACUUUUACUCGGCGGCCGUGAAAAUCCAAGCUUGUAUUCGAGGGUUUUUAGCGCGACAUCGCCUGCGAAAGGAUCUUCGCUCUAGCUCUGCUUCCGACAAUGUUCCAAUGGUGCAGAAAGCAGCUGUUAUUGAGCAAUUGACUGCGCCGGAGGAUCGUUCGAACUUACGAGAAGGCAGGAGCGGGAGGCAUCGCCUUCGACGGGAGGAGGCUCUGCGGAAAACUACACUCUCGCUGGAGAACGCCUUCGCCACGAGCCGGCUCCAGCAUACCGGCGAGUUCCAUGAUUCCGUGCCGUUGCCUCUGUUCGACGUGACGAGCGGUGAAACUGACUCAACCGACUCGUUGGACGAGUCUCUGGACGAGGAGGUUGAAGAAGAACAAAUGAGGACCGAUAUUGCAAAACCCAGUACGUGUGAAACUACGGAUUGCAAUUGUCACGGCGACGAGCGUCGGGGAAGCUCCCAGAAAAGUAACGUCUUCGCCGGCCACUCCAAUUUGCCGAUCGUGAUGCACCUGCUGGCGGAUGCGUCCCGUAAUCGUCACUUCGGAAUCAACCCCGACGCGGGCCUGAACGCCGAAGAAGGAGCGAAACUCGUGGAGCCGGCGUUGGAUAUUCUGAUGCUGGGUUACCCCAGGGACGACGCGACCCUUCAGAAUCGAUACCUGAAUUUUAUCACCAGCGUGGAGGACAUCGGCUCGAACGUGGACUUCUUGCCUCCGGAUGCCGCGGCGAAGAGCGCGAACCGCGCGGAUGACGCUCAAUACUCGAUCACUUCCGACGGGGCCUCAUUGCCGGAAUCACUCAGGGAGCCACUGGCUCUCCCGGGUAUUCCUCAGGGUGUCGUGAUCGAGGAGCUGACCAGCUUGGACGAGGUAGCUGGGGAUGAUUCGCCGUCGAACGCGACGAAGACCUCGCUGGACACAAAUAUUAAGUGAAUCUUUAGAAAUAGCGAAUGAUACACUUAUAAUGUCUUAAUAGAAGUUCGUGCUGUCCGGGGAGAGCUAAAAGAGGAAUACGUGUCACAAGGUUCUGGGUCAAGAUUCCAUAAAUAUAACAAGUAUCAAAAUCAAAAUAAUUCGUGAAUGUGUAACCAUUUGUAAAUAAUUAUCGCCAUUUUUUUUUUUCAAUUUCUCAUGCUCGAUAAAAAUCAUAAUUUCCCUUCGCCGCGCACCAUACGCCACCCAUCAAAGAAAGUGCCGGAGAGAUCGAGGAGUUCCGAAUUGAAUGGUCGGCCGGCGGUGUUCUGCAUUUCGGUGCCGCAGAGAUGUAUCCGCGAGAGAGGAAUGCAAGCGGUUCAGGUGCGGUUUUCGCGGUACACGGACCUUGAGCACAUAUUUUUAGUGCCUGCCACUACAGAGAGAGGGAGAGAGAGAGAGAGAAUGAGGGGGAGAAUGAGAGACGAGGGGAAACGAA